AUGAGUGACGGUGAGGAAAUUGCUGCUCUUGUCGUUGACAAUGGAUCUGGCAUGUGCAAAGCCGGUUUUGCUGGUGAUGACGCUCCCCGCGCCGUCUUUCCCUCUAUUGUUGGUCGUCCGAGGCAUCAGGGAGUGAUGGUUGGUAUGGGACAAAAGGACAGCUAUGUGGGUGAUGAGGCCCAGUCAAAGAGAGGCAUCCUUACUUUGAAGUACCCUAUUGAGCACGGUAUUGUGACGAAUUGGGACGACAUGGAGAAGAUCUGGCACCACACUUUUUACAACGAGCUGCGUGUGGCGCCCGAGGAGCAUCCUGUUCUCCUCACUGAGGCCCCACUCAAUCCUAAAGCCAAUCGCGAGAAGAUGACCCAGAUCAUGUUUGAGACGUUCAACUGCCCGGCUAUGUAUGUGGCCAUCCAGGCGGUGCUGUCGCUGUACGCCUCUGGUCGCACUACGGGUAUCGUCUUGGACUCUGGUGACGGUGUCACCCACACUGUGCCCAUCUAUGAGGGGUACGCACUUCCCCAUGCCAUUCUGCGUCUCGAUUUAGCUGGUCGUGAUCUGACUGACUACCUCAUGAAGAUCUUGACUGAGCGAGGUUACUCGUUCACCACCACUGCUGAGCGCGAAAUAGUGCGUGACAUUAAGGAGAAGCUCUGCUAUGUGGCUCUCGAUUUUGAGCAGGAGAUGGCCACCGCUGCCUCCAGCUCUUCCUUGGAGAAGUCCUAUGAGCUUCCUGACGGUCAAGUCAUCACCAUUGGGAAUGAGCGUUUCCGUUGCCCUGAGGCUCUGUACCAACCUAGCUUCUUGGGCAUGGAGGCGGUCGGUAUCCAUGAGACUACCUUCAAUUCAAUCAUGAAGUGCGACGUGGACAUCAGGAAAGACCUGUAUGCCAACACCGUACUCUCUGGUGGUUCCACCAUGUAUCCGGGUAUCGCCGAUCGUAUGCAGAAGGAGAUCACCGCCCUUGCUCCGAGCACCAUGAAGAUCAAGAUCGUUGCUCCUCCGGAGCGCAAGUACUCUGUCUGGAUUGGUGGCUCCAUUCUUGCCUCACUGUCCACCUUCCAGCAGAUGUGGAUCUCGAAGCAGGAGUACGACGAGUCCGGCCCUAGCAUUGUUCAUCGUAAAUGCUUCUAA